UUGCACAUUGCUGCCCGGUAUGGAGUGGUUGGUCUUUUAAAGAGGUAUCUCAGUCAGGAAGUUGAUGUCAACAUGGCCAACGAGGGAAACAAUACUCCUCUCCAUUUCUGCUGCACUGGAGACGGCGAUUACCAGGGCAUGGAACUGCUCAUUGAAGCUGGCGCGAAUCCCAAUCUCCAGGGUCCUGUGGUGGCCGAUAGCCCUCUCAUUACCCUGGUGAACUCGCCCUAUCCCACGCCUGCGAUGGUCGAGUACCUGCUCAGCAAGGGUGCAAAUCCCGAUCUACGCGACUCAUCUGGCCGGACCUGUCUGCACUACGCGGUGGAUAGAGGCAGUCUGGGAAUGUGUCAGGCGUUGCUGAAGCAUGGCGCAAAUGCCAACGUCCGGGAUGAAAGCGGACAGACACCGAUUCAUGGUGUAUUUAGACUAGCCAAUCAUCUAGCCGUUGCCCAAUUACUGCUGGAUCAUCAAGCAGACGUGAAUGUUCAGAAUAACAAAGGCUGGACACCUUUACACUGUGCAAACAUUGCGGAUAACGUAGAAGGUGCCCGUCUUCUGUUGUCUCGCGGUGCGGAUAUCAACCAAGUCGAAACCCCCUUCGGGAUAACUGCUUUGCACCUCGCU